GAAUCCUCCCACUCUAUCAAAGGGAGUGGAACAAGGAGAUGGAGAGUGAGUUGUCUUCAUGCGUUCGAUAUAAAGUGUUGGAGUUCCUCAUCCAGUCCGCUCAGCGACUCGAGGUUCGUCCAAUCGUCAAGUAUUCUGCAUUGUCGCUAUUCGCUGACCGUUUUUAUCCUUCACUUACCAGAUUCAGACAGACUAGUGACAAAGAGAACUGGCUUUUAAAACCGAUGAGAGACAGCAAUUUGCAGUUAUUCACGCUGAUCUCUCUAUGGAUCUCGAGCAAAAUACAUGAAUCGCGUGCAAUAUCUGUGAAAGGUUUGAAGUCUCUUGGUGAUGAGUUCAUCAAAGAACAACAGUUUAUGAUUCGUGAUUUCUUGGAGGGAGAACUGCUCUUUAUGCAGGUAAUUGACUUCAAUAUAGGUACAUCAAAUAUUGCUUUUGUUAUUCUAGAGAAGCACCUCAUUCAGUUCAAAGGAAUUGCAAUAGUUGGGGAAUUAUUAAACUUUGAAGCAUGCAUGGAUAUCAUGGAUCUUCUUUAUGAAGAACAGGAGUUGUCCACCCUUUACUACAAUCCCGAAUCACUUUCUGCAGCCAUUUUGGUAGUUGCAUAUGUUAUAACAGUUCCUAAACAGAAGUGGGAGUUUCCUGUUCUUCCGUGGGUUAAGUUCAUUAGCUCCUGCAAAGAGGAGGAUGUUGUUGAAAUUGUUGGAAACAUCCUCAAACAUGUAGUUGGUGGUCGGACCCUUUCAUUCUAAUGGGACUAUGAAGAGCUUAAGUCACUAUUACUGAUAUAUGCUUGAGGUAACACACUUGUUAAAUCUGAUACUAUUAAGUAGAAAUUGUUCAGAAAUUCACUCGCUCUUAUUGAUUCAAAUACAACUCAAAUUUCUUUUUUUCUUUAAGUAGAAAGAUAAAAGUCGGCAAGAUAACAUCCCCGUGAUCCAAAAGAAACUAAAAUGAAAAGUCUAGUUGUUGAUCAUCAUCACAACGACAAUGUUAAAGACAUUCCUUACUUAUAUAAAACAAGUGAAAAACAAUCCUUUGAUACCCAUAUGAUCUGCCAUAGGGCAAUCAUAAUCAUUCUCGAGUCAUAACCCAAUUAAUUUUGAUUACUUGACAAAUCAUAUUCCACAAAGUUCUAUUGAAUGGACAAAAAAAGCAGCAAAUGAUGUAUUGUUUCUCCGGAUGCUCACACACACAAACAACAUCUGCUAGCCAUGGAAAAACACUUACGGUUAAGCUUAUCAUGCGUCAUAUUGACCAUGCAAAUUUAGUGGCGUCUUUA